AUGAGAUGCCAGCCUCUCUUCGAGAAUGUACUCGAGGUCCCAGGAAUCCACCUGAUGCCCCCUUUUCUCUCUCCUCCCCCGCCGGCCCCUUCUUUCAUACUACCUAUCCUGCGCCUCGGCCGCAUCUUGAAGCGCCGGGUACUCUGUCUCCCUCGUCCCGCAGGUAAGAUAUUGCGAGCUGACUGAGAACAGGUGUCGCUUGGGUUGGGUUGUUGUUGCCGGGAUAAGUAGGGGGAAGAAGCAGAGAUACGGCCAGUGCCCAGAGUAAGCUGCCCGCUCGACUUUUAGAGUUGCACCAGCUCGACCCCUGGAGACGAAAAUGGGGUGAUCCAUCAGCAACGGAAGAGAUAGGUCAUGCGCAGUUGUUCAGUAGUCUUGACAGUUUACUCCACAUCAGCUCCUGCGUGCCGCUUUACAUCAAUAUUGUUAUGUGUGGCAAUGCCAAGUUGCGGUGGGUUUCUGCCAUGGCAGAGCUGGAGAAGUUUCUUCUUGGGAUAUAUACAGCCGUCCCUCUUUUUGUGUUGCUCACCGGGCCUUAAUAUUGUGAGACUAGCGAUCCCUUCAGUCGCAGUGUAGACACACUUUAUGGACUUGAUUGGGAAUCGUUAGAUGAACCAAGCAAAAGAGAUCCGUCCGAAAAAACUUCAACGCCUCUGAGUAUUGCUCUCCAAGAGACUGAAUAAUUGCGUCCAACCCAGAUCAAUUCAUCCGCCCAUUGCGCAGAUGACAGCCAUGUUCACAUUGUCAGACAUCGUUCCCCUGUUUCCGUGUGUCUACGCAAAUACAUUGCAAGCAUAAUAAAUAGAUCACCAUCUUCAUUAAGGACC